AUGUCAAUAAAUAUUUACAUUAAAAAUGGUUUAUCGGGGCAAGAAAUUCAUAAUGAUAUGGUGAAUGUGUUAGGUGAAAGUGCUCCUUCAUAUGCAACAGUGAAAAAUUGGGUUGCUGAAUUUAAACGUGGCCGUACAAGCAUUGAAGAUGAACCACGUGGUGGACGUCCAAAAACAGCAACAACAACAACAGAAAUUGUAGCCAAAGUGCGUGAUAUGGUGUCAAAUGAUCGACGAAUAAUAGUGCGUGAAAUAGCUAAUAUCAUUGGCAUCUCAAAUUAUCGAGUCCAUUUAAUUUUGCAUGAAGAACUAUAG